ACCAAUAUUCCACAUUUACGGCAAUGGCGUCCGCGUCUCUACCCCGCUGCCCUAAUAAACCACGUGGGCGGCGCAGUUUAGCAUUUUAUGCAGCCAACCACCCCUUCCAGCUACUCAAAACGACACCGUUAUGGCACUCGCAAUCGCUUUCUUCACAAUCCCCCCAAAUUCCACCCCCAAUUUGCGUUGCCCUCUGAAGAAAGACGCCUUCAAUUUCAUCCACCUGCUCAAGCCAACGCCGCGCAGGAGGAUCCGCCGGGAGCUGAAGUCGGUGGCGGCGAUGUUUACUGACAACGUCGUUGUCAGCGACCUCAUCGCCGGCGGUUUGUCGGGCGGGAUUGCGCUGUCGCUGCUUAAGCUUUGGGAACAAACGGCUAAGAGAGGCAUAUUUGAUCAGAAACUAAAUAGGAAGCUUGUACACAUCACUCUGGGAUUAGCAUUCAUGCUUUGCUGGCCUAUGUUCAGUCCUGGUCGCCAGGGAGCGAUUUUUGCAGCUCUCAUUCCUGCUGUUAAUAUAAUAAAGAUGCUUCUCAUGGGACUUGGAAUAUGGAAGGAUGAUGCAACUGUCAAGUCCAUGACCAGAGAUGGGGACUAUAGGUAUGUUUCAAAUCAAAUGUCAUUAAACUUCAAGCAUAAUGGCAUUCCAGUUUUCGUGGUACUUCAGUUCUCCUAUUACAAAACCACAUCGGUUUGAUGCAUGCCAUUCGGAAAUGUGGAAAACAUAGCCUGCUUUUGAAGCUUAAAUGGAAACUUUUUGAUGCAUAAUAGAUUCUUUCUUAGUUCAACAUCAUGAUGUGUUGAUGCUGCAAGAAAUGGUGAUUCGAGAAGAAGAGCUUCUGCGACUCCGAAUAAGUUGAUUUAAGACCAAAUGCAUGAG